AUGGAAGGAGAGCUCAGACGGGAUAACGGCUCGGCAGUUCUGGAUUGGAUUCGCCGGCAACUCCUGGAGGAGGACGAUUUCGAUCUUCUUACAGCCCAAGAUUCAUCAUCGCCGCCACGUAGAAGCGCAAAUUACAAAGGAGUGAGGAGAAGACCAUGGGGGAAAUAUGCCGCCGAGAUCAGAGAUCCAAACAAGAACGGAGCCAGAAUCUGGUUGGGGACCUACGAGACCCCCGAGGAGGCUGCCGUGGCAUAUGACCAGGCAGCUUUCAAGAUGCGAGGCUCCAAGGCUAAGCUUAACUUUCCUCACCUUAUCGGCAUUGACCAGGCUGAGCCAGUGAGGGUCACUAACGCAAUCCAGUCAAUGAAACGUAUACUAAGAGACAUCAACUUCUUCGAAUCAACAGCGUACUAA